AGAGAGAUGGGGGGACAGAGACCCGAGAGAGGGAGGAUAGAGACCCAGAGAGAGGGACACAGAAAUCCAGAGGGCUGGUGACACAGCAUCCCAGGAAGAAAUUGCAGAGCGCCAGAAUUCGCAGGGAGUUAUAACCUUCAGUGUCUCUCUCCAGUCCCCCAGCAGAGGGCGCCCGGGACCCCAUUCCCUGGAGUCCCGGCGACCAAUCCCCACCACUUCCCCCGAAGCCCUUCCGAUAGGCUAGAUGCGGCUAUUUUUACGUGGUGUCAUUGGACACCGGUGGCUGGAAGGCCACCGUCUGUCUGUCCUUCGGUCCCUUCGAGUGACCCUGAGACAUCUCCACGGCCCACCUCCCACCUGUUCCUGGCAGGCCCCGCCUCCGUCUGCACUAUUCAGGGCUACAGCUCAGGACCUGGAGGAUUCUCAGAACGUCUGGCAGAGAAUUCAGGUGGAGACCCCGGACGAGACCCGGGCGAGGGGACUGGGUGUGGGGCGCACAUGCUCAUGGUUUGCAGCUGCUGGAGAGUCCCCGGGACCCAGCAACCACGAGGACACUGGCGGAGCCGACCUAGAGAUUCAGCGAUUAGGACUCCGGAGACCCUGAGGGGUCCAGAGGCCCUGAGACAGAGACCCACAGUAAUUCAGAGACACAGGGAAAGAAAGAGACCCAAAGGGGCGCCCCGGAGAAAUCCAGGACAGAGACACACAGGGCUAAGAGAUAGUGAGAGAAGAAACCCAGAGAGACAAGAAGCAGAAAGGCAGAAAGACUCAGACAGAGGGGAGAGAUAGAGACCAAGGGAGACAAGAGAUAAAUAGGGACAGACCCCCGAGAAACAAGACACAAAACAAAGACAGAGAUCCAGAGACACCAAGACACAGACCCCCUACAACGACAAAACUCAGAGAUAAGUGAUCCAUAGAGAUACUCAGAGAUACAUCUCUGACAGAGACCCAAAGUAAGGUAGAACCAGACGCGGAGACACAAGAGAACGAGAGAAAGAGGGUUGGAAAUUUGGUGACUCCAAAAGAGGGGCUCAGACACUCAUAAAAAAGAGAUGAGAGAGACACAUGGAAACCCGGAGUCACGCAGGACAGAGAUCCCGAGCGAUGGAGAGACAGAGGGAAAGGGGAACCGAAAUCGGGAUGGAAGCCGAGAGAGCGCGGCACGGCGGCGGCUGGGGGGAAAGGCGGGCGCCCCGGCAGAGGGCGCGCGGCCACCCUCUGCCCCGCCGGGGUCACGGCGCCCCCUCCCCCGCGCCCUGGCCUGCCGGCCGGGCUAUUUUUACGCGUGGACACCGGACACCAGGCUGGGGCGGCGGCGGCGGCGGCGGUGGCCGAGGCGGGGCCGGGCCGGGUCGGGCGUCGGGGCCACACGUCCGUCCGCGGGUCGCCGGGGCUGCGCGCGCCAUGGAGCCGCGGUGCCCGCCGCCGUGUGGCUGCUGCGAGCGGGUGGUGCUCAACGUGGCGGGGCUGCGCUUCGAGACGCGGGCGCGCACCCUGGGCCGCUUCCCGGACACGCUGCUCGGGGACCCGGUGCGCCGCAGCCGCUUCUACGACGGCGCGCGCCGCGAGUACUUCUUCGACCGGCACCGGCCCAGCUUCGACGCCGUGCUCUACUACUACCAGUCGGGCGGGCGGCUGCGGCGGCCGGCGCACGUGCCGCUCGACAUCUUCCUGGAGGAGGUGGCCUUUUACGGGCUGGGCACCGCGGCGCUGGCGCGCCUGCGCGAGGACGAGGGCUGCCCCUUGCCGCCCGAGCGCCCCCUGCCCCGCCGCGCCUUCGCGCGCCAGCUCUGGCUGCUCUUCGAGUUCCCCGAGAGCUCGCAGGCCGCGCGCGUGCUCGCCGUCGUCUCCGUGCUCGUCAUCCUCGUCUCCAUCGUCGUCUUCUGCCUCGAGACGCUGCCCGAUUUCCGCGACGACCGCGACAGCCCUGGGCUCGCCGCGGUGGCUGCCGCUGGCCCGUUCCCUGCUCGGCUGAACGGCUCCAACCAGGUACCCGGACCCCCGCCUCGCUUAGAUGACCCAUUCUUUGUGGUGGAGACGCUGUGCAUCUGUUGGUUCUCCUUCGAGCUGCUGGUGCGCCUGGCAACCUGCCCCAGCAAGGCAGUCUUCUUCAAGAACGUAAUGAACCUCAUCGAUUUUGUGGCCAUCCUGCCCUACUUUGUGGCACUGGGCACUGAGCUUGCCCGGCAGCGGGGGGUGGGCCAGCCGGCCAUGUCACUGGCCAUCCUACGUGUCAUCCGACUGGUGCGUGUCUUCCGCAUCUUCAAGCUGUCCCGGCACUCCAAGGGCCUGCAAAUCUUGGGCCAGACACUACGGGCCUCCAUGCGUGAGCUGGGCCUCCUCAUCUUCUUCCUCUUCAUUGGUGUGGUCCUCUUCUCCAGCGCAGUCUACUUUGCCGAGGCCGACCGGGCAGACUCCCAUUUCACCAGCAUCCCUGAGUCCUUCUGGUGGGCAGUGGUCACCAUGACCACAGUUGGCUAUGGAGACAUGGCGCCCGUCACCGUGGGUGGCAAGAUAGUGGGCUCUCUGUGUGCCAUUGCCGGCGUGCUGACCAUUUCCCUGCCUGUGCCGGUCAUUGUCUCCAACUUCAGCUACUUUUACCAUCGGGAGACAGACAGCGAAGAGGCCGGGAUGUACAGCCAUGUGGACACGCAGCCUUGUGGCCCACUGGAGGGCAAGGUCAAUGGGGGGUUGAUGGAUGGAGAGGUACCCGAGCUACCGCCUCCACUCUGGGCCCCCCCUGGGAAACACAUGGUCACUGAAGUGUGAGGGACAGUUGAGGUCUGCAGGACCUCACAUUUCCUUGGAGGGGGGUGGGUGGAGGGGAAGGUCGGGGGAGGGUGUUGGGUUUAGGAAGAACUAGGUUAAGUGGUAAUGAGUUGGGGAAUGCUGAGAGUCUUUUUGGGUCUUCAGCUGUGUGGUUUGGUAGCUCCUGCGGGUACCUCCUUAGGUGGCAAUGAAUGGCACUGGGUUAUGCCGAGUUGACGGGAGACUCCGUUGGUUUGUGUUGCAUUGGGUUGUGAAAGCCUCGUGAAGCCUUUAGAGGUAGUGUCGAGAUAGGUUUGGUCACAUAGCUUUGUGAGUUUUUCAGUUCCUUGUUGGGUUGGGUUUGGUUGCGAGUCUGGGUGAGUCUUGUCCAACUGCAUUGUGCGAGAUUCUGUGGUUUGAUGAUCCUCUAGGGCAAUGUUGGGUCAGGUUAGGUGGCUGCCCAUGGCAUUGUUGGGAGUGAUUGCGUGUUCAUGCAUGGUGUCAUGGAGUCGAGUUGAGACACGUUGGAAAUUGUGUGGCUUUGCAAUUCUUCUAGGGCCAUGUUAUUUUAGGUUCUGUGAACUUGUGAGUCAUGUAGAAAUCCAAAGAGUCAAGUGAUAGAAUGUGAGCUUUCAGGGUCACAUGAGGUUAAGUUGGGUUGGAACGUAUGACUGUAUGUCUUUCAGGGUUCCAUGGGGUUGAAUAGCGCCGUGAUGUGGCUGGAAGUUUUUCGGGUCUACAUUGAGUUGAGCUGUAAUGAGUUGUAUGACCAUGUGAGUCUCGUAGGGCCGGUUCAGUUGGGUGGUACAACUGUUUGAGUCUUGUAGGGCCAUGCGGAGUUGAGUUACGUCAUGUCACUGUGAGUCCUGUAGGAAUGUUGGGUUGAGUCGGACUGUAUGUAUGAGCUCCAUAGGGCCACGUUGGUUUGUUUUGCACUUAAUGGUAGGAAAAGGACUCAAGGACAACAGCACUGGGGAGGAAUCAUGUUUCAGGGAGCGAGUGUGGUAUUGUAGACUCUGGGAGGCGAACUGAACUGGCUUGCCCAGUGUCACUCACUUCAAGGGGUGGGGCUGGGUUCUGUAUCCGUGGAUUCAGUUGUCCACCCAGAGGGCUUCUGGGUGAACUAGGAAGAUGUCGACACUCCUUCCGUUUACCCCACACCUGCUUUGUUUUGCCAUUCAACGCCCCCCUGUCUGUCCUCCCCUACCAUUUUGCUUCUAGAUGUGGAGAUCAGAGCCACACAGAAGGGGGAAAGAGGGAGAAAUUGUACUCUGUCCAGACAUGAAGGGGGGACAGAAACCCAGAGGAGGGGGACAGAGACCUGGGGAGGGCAAGAGGCCCAGAGAAAGGAAGAGAUAGAAACUCAAGGAAGAGGGGCACGAAGACCCAAAGAGAGGGGGAGACAGACACCCAGAUGGACGGGGACAGAGACUAAGAGUGGUGGAUAGAGACCCAGAGGGGGGCUGUCAGGCACUCAGAGAGAGAGAGAGAGGCAGACAUCCAGGGCUGGAAACAAACCAGAGCGCCCCGGAAAAGGAGAACCAGAAAAGAAAAAGGCAGACAAAUGCAGCUCCCCUGAACCCAAGAGAGACGCACAAUCUCUGUUCCACAGAAUCACAGAGCCCCCAGACCAGGCGUGCCACCCCAUCCUCCCGCAGCUCAGGGAGACUGUCAGGCAAACUGGGGGGCCCACUCUACUUUCCAGGGGAGAAACCAGAGUCUUAGAGCAUGGGAGUGGCUUCCCAAGGUCGCGUGGCCUGUCCCCCGGGGCCAGGGCUUGUGGCUUGUGGCCAACCCCACGUGUCCCCAUCAGCCUUCUGGUAUACACAGGACCUCCUGAGUCCAACAGCCUCAUUCCUCACAAACAAGGAAACUGAGGCUCAGAGGGGAGAGUGUCACCCUCACGGAGCCAGAACAUUUUCAGAGGUCUUUCAGUACUAAAAGGGCAUUUCGAGGAGGAGGAGGCGGGUUAAAUCACUAACACAUAUAGGGUUUCCUAUGUGGCAGGCAUCUUUCAAAGGACUUUAUCAUAUUAAUUUAUUAAAACCCGUCCAGCGGUUUACAGAGUGUUGUCAUUUUUACUUUUAGCUAUAACCACCUCCCCCUUUUUUUUUUUUUUGGUUAAAUGAAAUCUUACUGAGAGACACGACUGUGUCACAUCAGAGGGGAACUGGUUUGAGGGGGACACUCCUCUUAGGGAGUCCCUCUUGUCAACUCAGAACACAGCUAAGAAAUUCAGCUUGGAAACCUCUGACGUAAUCCAACCACCUUUUAAUACAGAGAGAGAGGGAGGCACAGGUUAUGGGAAGGGUUUGAUAAAAGUUGAAAAUAAUACAACUUUUAGGUAGUCACUUCUCACAGCAGCCUGGAGGGGGCAAGAGACCCAGGAAUGAGGACAGAGACCCGCAGAAGGGGAGAAGAGACCCAGAGAGAGGGGGACAGAGACCCAGAGAGAGGGGGACAGAGACCC